AUGUCCAUCCAGCAAACACCAACCAACGGCUUGACCGGCAAGAUCUCCUCCCUCGACAUGACCAACGCCAAGGGCUCCUCCUUGACCGACAAGUUGGCUGCUGAGGCUGCCCAGAAGGACGGUACUGGUGCCGCCGACUCUUUGGCCGGUAAGCCCAUCAGCAAAUCCCUUGAGAUUGACGAGACCGCCGUCGCCAAGGUCGCUCAGGAAAUCGAGGAGGCCACCAAGGAGCACCAGGAGUUCUUGGCCUCCCACAAGGUCCAGCGCCACAAGUUGAAGGAGCAGGAGGCCGACGAGCCUUUGUUGAUCGAGAACAAGCGUCGUUUCGUCUUGUUCCCCAUCAAGUACCACGAGGUCUGGCAGAUGUACAAGAAGGCCGAGGCUUCCUUCUGGACCGCCGAGGAAAUCGACUUGUCCAAGGACAUGGGUGACUGGAACAAGUUGAACGAAAACGAGCGUUUCUUCAUCUCCCGUGUGCUCGCCUUCUUCGCCGCUUCCGACGGUAUUGUCAACGAGAACUUGGUUGAGAACUUCUCCGCCGAGGUCCAGAUCCCUGAGGCCAAGUGCUUCUACGGUUUCCAGAUCAUGAUGGAGAACAUCCACUCCGAGACCUACUCUUUGUUGAUCGACACCUACAUCAAGGACCCUAAGGAGGCUGACUUCUUGUUCAACGCCAUCGAGAACAUCCCAUGUAUCAAAAAGAAGGCCGACUGGGCCCUCAGAUGGAUCGCCGACGACAACGCCUUGUUCGCCGAGAGAUUGGUUGCCUUCGCCGCCGUCGAGGGUAUUUUCUUCAGUGGCUCUUUUGCUUCUAUCUUCUGGUUGAAGAAGAGAGGCUUGAUGCCAGGUCUUACCUUCUCUAACGAGUUGAUCUGCCGUGACGAAGGUUUGCACACUGACUUUGCCUGCUUGUUGUUCUCCCACUUGCAGAACAGACCUGACGCGUCCAUCGUCGAGAAGAUCAUCACCGAGGCUGUCGUUAUCGAGAAGGAGUUCUUCACCGACGCCUUGCCAGUUUCCUUGUUGGGUAUGAACGCCAACUUGAUGUGCCAGUACGUUGAGUUCGUCGCCGACAGAUUGCUCGUUGCCUUGGGCAACAAGAAGGUGUACAACGUUACCAACCCAUUCGACUUCAUGGAGAACAUCUCUUUGGCCGGUAAGACCAACUUCUUCGAGAAGAGAGUCUCUGACUACCAGAAGGCCGGUGUCAUGGCUAAGAGCAAUGACAACAGCAGCAACAGCAAGACCUUCACCUUUGACGAGGACUUCUAA